CACCAUUUGAAUCAAGCAUUACUCUUCAUCAACUUAAUUAGAGUAAGAGAAAAAAAGAAAGUAUGAGCUCUAAAACUACUCUAAAGCUUCCACAAAUUGACUUCACAAGCCUCAAUUUGGAAGCCAAAAGUCCCAAUUGGGAAUUAGUGAAAUCUCAAGUCUAUGAAGCACUAUUAGAAUAUGGUUGCUUUGAAGCUAUUUUUGAUGAAAUUCCUAUUGAACUUCGCAAAGCCAUAUUUGCUUCACUAGAAGAGCUCUUUGAUCUCCCUUUAGAAACCAAACAACUCAAUGUGUCUAAGAAACCUUAUCAUGGUUAUGUUGGACAAUAUCCUAUGAUUCCACUUUAUGAGAGCAUGGGCAUUGAUGAUGCAAAUAUCUUUGACAAAGUAGAAAGCAUGACCAACAACUUUUGGCCAGAUGGAAACCAAAGUUUUAGCAAAACUAUACAUUCCUUCUCUGAUGAGCUAACAAAGUUAGAUCAAAUCAUUAGAAAAAUGAUUUUGGAGAGUUUGGGUGUUGAAAAAUACUUGGAGGAGCAUUUGAACUCAUCCAAUUACCUUCUUCGAGUUAUGAAAUACAAAGGCCCUGAAACUAGUGAUACAAAACUAGGCCUUUCCUCACAUACUGACAGGAACAUUGUGACCAUAUUGUACCAAAAUGAAGUGGAGGGUUUAGAGGUUAUGACCAAAGAUGGAAAAUGGAUAAGCUACAAACCAUCUCUAAACAGUUUCGUAGUUAUGAUUGGUGACUCUCUCCAUGCAUGGUCAAAUGGGAGGUUGCAUUCUCCAUUUCACCAAGUGAUGAUGAGUGGGAAUGAGGCAAGAUAUUCAACAGGGUUGUUUUCUAUCCCCAAAGGAGGAUAUCUUAUAAAAGCUCCCAAGGAGCUUGUGGAUGAGGAACACCCUUUGCUCUUUAAGCCUUAUGAUCAUGUGGAGUUCCUUAAAUAUUAUUACAGUGAAAAAGGCCAAAGGGACCAGUUUCCUAUGCGCACUUUUUGUGGUGUUUAACUCUGUUUAUGCUAUUAAGUGUAUGUUUGAAUUUGCGAUGAGUUUAACAAAAUCAUAAAUAUUGUGAUAUUGUUGAAGUUUGAAAACUCAUUGUGAAUUCAAUCAUACACGGAGACUAUUUGCUAUAUAUAUAUAUAUAUAUA